AAUUAAUUGCAGCUAUCUGUCUCCUAUCGAUGUGUGUGUGUACAUGUGUGUUGUGUGUGUGUGUUUCCUCUUUUCUCCCCAAACCGAACAUGAAAUAGUUUGUUGGGCUAUAGUUUCUUUCUUCCUAUCGUCCCCCCUUCCUUCCUUCCUUCCUUCCCGUCCGGGCUCGCAGGCAGAGACAGGACAGAUUGAAACCCAGCUGUGUGCGUUGCCAUUUUCCCCCCUCUCUGCUCGGUGAUGUUGGAUAUGGGAGAGCGCAAAGAGGUGAAAAUGAUUCCUAAAUCGUCGUUCAGUAUAAACAGUUUGGUGCCCGAGGCCGUGCAAAGCGACAACAACAACAACAACAGCAGCAGCAACAGCAGCAGCCACCAGAACCACCACCACCACCAGAACCACCACAUCCAGAACCACCGGGCCGUCGGCGCCGAGGAAGCCGAGCGCAAAGCUCCUCUCCCGGCCACGCAGCAGCCGCAGAGUGAGGCCAAAGCGUAUCCUAAAAGUGAGUCCGCGAGCCUGCAGGAGGAGAGCUGCGCGGACGAGAAAGACAAACCGGAGGAGAAGAAGGACGGGAAAGACGGGGACGGAGGGAAGGACGGAGAGAAGAAGACGGGCAAGUACGAAAAACCUCCUUUUAGCUACAACGCGCUGAUCAUGAUGGCCAUCCGGCAGAGCCCGGAGAAACGGCUCACACUCAACGGCAUCUACGAGUUCAUCAUGAAAAACUUCCCGUACUACCGUGAGAACAAGCAGGGCUGGCAGAACUCCAUCCGGCACAACCUCAGCUUGAAUAAAUGCUUCGUGAAGGUGCCCCGGCACUACGACGACCCGGGCAAAGGGAACUACUGGAUGCUGGACCCGAGCAGCGACGACGUCUUUAUCGGAGGCACCACCGGGAAGCUGCGGCGGCGCUCCACCACGUCCCGGGCCAAGCUGGCCUUCAAGCGGGGCGCGCGCCUCACCUCCGGGCUCACCUUCAUGGACCGUGCCGGCUCCCUGUACUGGCCCAUGUCGCCCUUCCUGUCGCUGCAUCACCCGCGAGCCAGCGGCGCCCUGGGCUACAACGGGACCUCCUCCGGCUACCCGGCGCACCCCAUGUCCUACAGCACCAUGCUGACGCAGAACAUGGGCAGCAACCACUCGUCGUUCCCGGGCUCCAACGGGCUGAGCAUGGACCGGCUGGUCGGCGGGGAUCUGCCCUACGCCACGCACCACCUUACGGCGGCGGCCCUGGCGGCCUCCGCGGUGCCCUGCGGCCUCUCCGUGCCGUGCUCCGGGGCCACUUACUCCCUGAACCCGUGCUCUGUGAACCUGCUGGCUGGGCAGACCAGUUACUUUUUCCCUCACGUCCCACACCCCUCCAUGAGCACGCAGUCCGGCGGCGGAUCCUUGCAGGCCGCCCGGGCUUCGGCCUCCAAUUCCCCGCAGGCUCCGUCCUCCUCCUCGCUGCCCUGUGACUCUCUGAGGCCGGCUCUGUCCGGCUCUCUGCCGGCCUUCUCCUCGGGACUUUCCGGGGGUUUGUCUGACUAUUUUACGCAUCAAAACCAGGGCUCGACCUCCAACCCGCUUAUACACUAACCUCACCCUCACCUCUUCAUUCAUCCCUCCAUCCAUCCAUGCUCCCCUUAUCUCCCCCCCCCCCCUUGAAAGAAAUCUUAAAAUGACUGGAACUGUAAGUUGAACAUUUUCCACUUGAACAUUUAGCCUACAUUGUAAAAAAAAAAAAAAACAGCAAACAAAAACAAAAUUAUUAUACCCACUAUAGAAAAAAAGAGGAGAGACUUUUAAAAAAAACCUGCAAAACAAAAAAGAAAAAGCAGCAGAGAAACUUGAGAGAAAGCAGCCAGCUGAAGUUUCCAGGUAUUUUUUAAUAUUAUUAUUAUUAUUAUCUCUUCUUCUUCUUAUUCCUCUUCUCCUGCAGUUUUAUUUCUGUGUACAUAAUGUCUGUGACUAUAAGUGUCCGGGUUUGUCUCUGUAUAGUGCUGUCAGUCAGUCAGCGAUGUGCAAUGUGACCUGAGCUACAAAAACCGAGAGAAUGAUGAAGAUGAUGAAGAUGACGAUAGGCUGAUUAUUUUUUCUGUUGCUGUUGUUGUUGGAGGAGGCAUUGCUUUUUUUUUUAAUAGAAUGUGUAUUUAAAAUAGUUUGUCUAAUUUUGAGAUUUAAAAGAAAAAAAUGGUUGAAAUAAUAAUAAUAAUAAUAUCUCUAAUAGCCGGUUUGUCGCCCGCAUGUUUGCAGUAUUAUCAGGUGUCAUGCGGGUUAGAAAAGGAGCGGCGGAGAAUGAUUUCAUUUUACAAAAUUUAAACACUAAUUUUUAUUUUCUAUACAGUGAAUGUGAUUUUUUUUUUCUUCUUCUUCUUUACAAAGCGACUCCCGCUGUUAAAGUCCCCGAGGCUGUCCCUCCAUUCUUUCAUUUCCCAGUUUAAAAACUGUACUUUUUAUAGACCAAAGAAUCGUGUUUUUAGGACUAUUUAGAGUAUUAUUCAAGCUGACAGAGGCCGUAAUGUAGUAGGAAUUAAAAGAGUGAAUGAAUGAGUG